CGGAGGGUGCCGCCGCCGCAGUCGGCACCGCCGGCUAGCGCCGGCAGGCCGAAGAAGUCUGACGCGGCGGCCGACGAGGCGGCGCCCGCGACCGCAGCCGAAGAGCCGCCCGCUGCUGGUGGCUCCGGCGCCAACAAGGAGAACGAGUUCAGCUCGCUGCCGCUGGCCACCACGCUCAGCUAUGCGCAGAUGGCGCAGCGGGGCCGCGAGAAGAACGAGAAGCUGGCGCAGGAGGUUAAGGAGCGCGACGUUAAGGAGCGCGAGGAGGAGAAGAAGGCGGCCGCCAAGCCGCCGCCGGCCGCGGCCACCGCCGCGGCCACUGCCGCCGCCGCCGCCGCCGCCGCGCCGCCGGCCGCCGCCCAGGGCGUGCAGCGCUCCAACAGCGCGCGCAAGCCGGGAGAGGACAAGCGGAGGCCGCUGCCCGAGAAACUGGAGCGGCCUGUGCGGCGAGAUGUGCGUGACAUUCGCGAGGUGCGGGACCCGCGCGAGGCGGGCCGCGAGCCGCUCGACGCGCGAGACGCUCGUGAAGUGCGCGACGCCCGCGAGCCGCUGGACUCGCGUGACCUGCGCGACCCCAGGGAAGCGCGCGACGAACGCCGACGAGUUGAAGACCGGAUAGACCGGCCCAUCAGGAAAGAGUGCGCCCGCUCGCCCAAGUGAUAUAUACACCCAGUCUGCAUACCAGUGAUCCAUUGUGCAAUCGACGUUUCUCAAUUGCGAAGAGGGUGCCUGUGAUGCGGCGGCGGACGGGAGCGGCUGGCCGCCUGGCCGGCCGGCCGGCCGCCGGCCAACAAGUGCCUCACGUACGGAUAUCCACGGUUGCGCGCGGGGCGCCUGGACGGGCGCGCUCGUGCGCGCGCGCGCGCUGGCUGGCUGGCGGGCGGCGGGCGGGACGGCGCGCGGCCGACCGCCACCUAGUCCGACGGUUGUGCUCGGGGCGCGCGCGUCACGUGCCCGCUGUGUGCGUGUGUGCCAAAUGAAUCAAAAGUGGACGCGCUGCUCACGGCGCGCGCCGGCCCGCCGCGCAGCGCCCCGCCCCAUCAGCUGGACGCGCCGGCGCGCUCGUAUUUAUACGGUGCGGAUUGUGAGAGUCGGGUUAUUUUUGACGAGCGAGGUGGCUGGCGCUCGGCGGCGGGACGGCCCCCGCCCCGGCCCCGUGGACGCAGCCGUCGCUGUUUUGUUGUACAUAGACGGGCUGUGAGUUGUUGAGGAUUUUGUCGUCUUGAUUGGGUUGUGUCGCUUGGCGUGUGCGCCGCUCCGUUCCCCUCCUCUUCGCUCUCGCUGCGCUUCGGUCGCGCCUCCUUUCCGUCGCUCGGCCGGCCGGCCGGCCGCCGCCGCCGCCGCCGCCGUCGCCGUCGCCGCCACCGGCGGCACCGAUCCCGAUCUCCGCCCUCACCGCCGCCGCCGCCGCCGCCGCCGCCGCCGUCGUCGCCGUCGCCGUCGCCGUCGGACGCAACUCGGUGUAGCUAAAUGUGUGUGUCGGUUGCGUGCGUGCUGGCCGCCGCGGCCCCGCCCCCGGUGGGUGUGACGUCCCGUCCUGCCCCGCCCCGCCUAUCGCGGCCGUCACCGGGGGCGCGCGCGCUCGUUUGGGGAUUGUUGCGCGGCCGGACGGCGCCCGGCAGCCUGGGAGGAGCCGGGCGGCCGCUGUUUUAACCUAAUGACUGCUGAUGCGUAUACUGCCGGGGUCUGCCCAUGCUAAUUUUGUAAUCGGGAGUGAUUUGACAAAUCCUAGGUUUGCUCUGGAUUCCUCGCACAUGCAGUUGCUCAGAAGAAGGCGUAUGGUAUGAUAUUGUAUGAUUUGUUUUACUAGUUGUGUUAAUUUUUAUAUGUAUAUAAGUGAAUUUGGUUUCGAGCGCAGCAUAUCCUGCCCCACCUACAUUCGAUCCGCUCUCUAGGGGAGACCGCCCCCGCCCGUCUUCCGCGGCUGCGGCCGGGGGCGGCGCGCGCCCGCUGGCCGGGCCGCCCGCCCGCCUGCCUGCUGACACUGGCUCGGUGCACCCUGGGCGCGGCGGCGGCCGCCGCGGUGGCCGCGCCACCACCGAUGCUCUGUAUAUAUACUGUGUAAGCCGGGUCAGUGUUGGCGCGCCGCCCGGCGGCC